GCCUACAGUUUAAAUCACGGGCACUUUUCCCGCCAAAAGUCUCUUCCAUAAAGUACGCGUGAAUCGAUGACGUCAAUUAGCAACAACACAAAAGCACAAUGGUGGCCGUGUAAAUCGAGGACCAUCACAUCGAAGAUAAACGCUAAUAUAAAGGUUUAAACAUGGGCAAGAAAGUAAAAGAAGACAAGAAGCCCCCACCAGAUGAUGUGUUUGAUGCCAUCUCAGUGGAGAGCAGACAGGCAGGAACUGUGGUGCUGAUGCUAAGCAGUCCAGAGGAAGAUGUACAGUCAAAAGCCUGUGAAGCCAUCUACAAAUUUGUUGACAAAUGUGAUGAGAAUAAAAAACAGUUGCUGGACCUUGGUGCAGGAGAAGCCUUGCUAAAGUUAAUGCAGAGUGAGGAUCGUAUUGUACGGAGGAAUGCUUGCAUGGCUUUAGGAGUCAUGACUGCCAACCCUGAUGUCAGAAAGUUUCUAAGGAAAAGAGAAGAGUCAGUCCCUGCAUUUAUUCAGUUACUUGCACCAGAGGAGGAUACAGUUGUACAUGAGUUUGCUGCCCUUGGUAUAUCCAACAUGGCUACAGAGUUUAGCAGUAAGGCUUCGAUAUUUGAGAGUGGAGGAGUUGAUGCUCUGGUGAAGUGUCUGAGUUCCAGUGACCCAGAUGUCCAGAAAAACAGUGUGGAGGCACUUGCACAGAUGCUCCUAGACUACCAAUCACGAGCUGCCAUUCGUGAUGCUGAUGGACUCAACCCAUUGUUAGAAAUGCUGAAGUCAGAAUUUUCUAUAAUACAGAAAUUAUCUCUCUUAGCUCUGGACAGAGCCUCUCAAGAUUCGGAGAAUAGAUCCACCCUCCGCGAUUUGGAAGCCAUGACUGUACUGGUGGACUUUGUGGCUCAUCCGGAAUGGAAUGAUCUACAUGUUAUGGCAGUUAUGGUUCUUUCCAACCUCUUGGAAGACUUGGAGAGUCUGGAGUUGGUGAAGGAAACUGGAGGUUUGAAGCGUCUUGUGGCCCUGAUCACUGACCAAGUUCCUCCUGAGGAAGAGCCAAAAGCUGGAACUGGUAAAGGAGAGAAAAAGGCUGGGUCACGUGCAGCCAAGAAGAGUGCAAAGGGAAGUAAGUCAGGUAAAAAGGAGGAGUCAGAGAAAGAUGAACCACCUCCAGGAGAGGCCAUCAUCCCCACCCUUCCUGAUGUCAAAAUGUGUGCUGCAAAGGCCAUCGCCAGAUCAGCCAGGAGUGCUGAAAACAGAAAAAUUCUGCAUGAGCAGGAGGCAGAGAAGAUGUUGAUUCACCUGCUGAAUCAUGAAUCCACUGAUGUUCAGACAGCAGCUGCCCAGGCUCUGGGAAUCAUGUCAGAGAACCUGCUCAGCAAGGACUCCAUUAGAGAGUGGGAAGGCCUGCAGCCCCUGAUAAAGCUGUGCAACUCCGAUAAUGGAGAUGUUAAGGAAUCUGUCACAUUGGCCCUGGCUAACCUCACCACAGGAAACUCCUCUAACUGCAAGGAGGUGAGUAACCUGAAUGGAACAGAAACUUUGAUUCAUCUUUUGGCUGAUCCCCGGGAUGAGGCAGUAGCCAACACCUGCUGUGUACUGACAAACAUGGCUACAGAGGAAGUGCUCAGAUCUGAGGCGCAGGGUAAAGGCAUUGUCACGGCCCUGUUGGAACCCCUCAAAUCAAAAAACACGAGAGUGCAAGCCAAAUCUUCCCUGGCUGUCGCUGCUUAUGUGUGUGACGUAGAUUCCAGAUCUGAGUUCCGAAAUGCUGGAGGUAUAGAGAAUAUGGUACAGCUGUUGCAUUCUGGGAAUGAUGAGGUCAGACGUAAUGCAGCCUGGGCUUUAGCUGUUUGUGCUGUAGAUGAACCCACGGCCAUUGAAAUCUGUAAACUUGGGGGAAUGGACCUUCUACAAGAAAUCCAAGUAUCAGGAACCAGAAAGAACCCAUUUGCAGAAGUUGCUCUGGAAAGAUUACUAGAUGCCAACUUGUCUGCUAAAUAUGCUCUGACUGGACAACUAAGUUCCACGAAUGUGAUAGAGGAUGGUUUUUAUGAUGCUGGACAGAUUCGACCCAACACCAAAUUCAUGUCAAUAGAAGAUUACUGUAAACAACAGCUGAACGACAAGCGACCAGUUUUGUUCAUCAACGCAAAGGCUGAUCCUGUGACCACACAGUCUUCUUCUACCCAGGAGAUGGAGGCCAAGGAAAGUUCCAAAACCAAUGUGUCAGGGAAAUCCUCAAGGACAGGACGGGAGGGAAAAGGUCCAACAUCACCGGGUCGCAGGAGAACCUCCAUGAUUCCAGACGAUAACGAUAGGAAAUCUAAACAGAAAGAAAAAGAGGAGAAACAGCGAGAAGAGGAGCUUCAGGCCCAGCUCCAAAAAGAGGCUGAGGCGCUGGCGACCUCAGAGAACCAGCCAUUUAACCCACCCACUGACUCAAACCUGUUGAAGUAUUUGGAGGAGGUGACUGAGAGGAUCUUACCGUUGGCUACAGCAGCUGAACAAGUCAGGGCUCUGGCUCAAUUUGUGGCUGAUAAGAUGGGAGGACCAAUUGAGAAAGGGCAGCUGCCAAACUUUAGCUGGGAACUUCCUCUGAGUCAAGUUAAAUUUGAAUUAAAAUCGAAUGUUAUUCCUAUUGGAAAAAUCAAAGCUGGAAUCCAUAUCCACAGGGCACUGUUAUUCAAGGCUCUGGCAGACAGAAUUGCCCUGCCCUGUACCCUGACUAGAGGAGAAUACAACAGAGCAUGGAAUGAAGUCAUGUUACCCGAGACACCAGAACAGCCUGGAGGACAGAAAUUCCCACCCCGUAGCUUUAUUGUGGAUUUGAUCCAUCAGCCUGGCGGAAUAAUGAGAUCCGAUUCACCAGAAGCUGUUACUUACAAAAAGUUGUGAUUAAAACAGAGUGAGAAAGACUACUGUGAUAUCACCCUCUUCUGUCAGACAGACAAACCAACAGUGUAGACACAUCCAUCUUGUUUUGUCUGUGAUAUAUUUUGACUUCAAUAGCUUUUUUUUCAAUUAACAUUUACAUGUAUGUAUUUUAUUUAUGAAAUAAAUAUUGUUACUGUA